CUGCCUCUUUAUUUUCCUUCUUCUUCUCCCCUACACUUGCUCAAUUCAAUCCCAAUUCUCCGUUUCUGUCUUUUACUUUUGCAGCAUAUUCCAAGCAAAGAAAACUCCAUCCAAAAUGUCUGCUCCUGAAAUCCCCGUCGGCGCCACCAUCGUCAACACCUUCAAGCAGUCCUUUGUCGACGUGCCCAUUGAUGCCGAAAAUGGCAAUGCCAUUGCCACUACCCAGUUCCUCGAUGCUGCCGAGUCCUUGACCACCAUGUUUGACCUCCUGGGCUCUGUUGCCUUUUCUCCCGUCAAGUCUGAUCUGUUGGGCAACGUCAAGAAACUCCGCGAACGCCAGCUCGCCGCCCCCGCCGAGUCCACCAAUGUCCAGGAUCUCUGCCGCAACGAGCUCAAGGCGAAGAAGCACACUGCCACCGAGGGCCUUCUGUGGCUGGUCCGUGGUCUCGAGUUUACUUGCCUCGCCCUCAGCGCCAACGUGGCCAAGGAGUCCGAAGAGCUUGCCGACUCCUUCCGAAACGCAUACGGCACCACCCUGAAGCCUCACCACAGCUUCUUGAUCAAGCCCAUCUUCAGCGCUGCCAUGGGUGCCUGCCCAUACCGCAAGGACUUCUACUCCAAGCUUGGAGCUGAUGAGGCUCAAGUCACCACGGAUCUGAGGGUCUACCUGGCCGCCCUCGACAAGAUUGUCGGCAUUCUGAAGGGCUUCGUGGAGAGCAAGGAGGCCAAGUGGUAAAUUGAUUGAUUGAUACCUAGUUGGUUAAGUUAUUAGCACGAUCUACCUCGUACAUAUUGGUAAUUAACGAAGAAACGAAUCAAGGCGAAUAGUCCUAUUAUUAGCUGGGUUAAACGUGUUGGCAUCUUGCAGAUGUAUAGAAUAUUGUACAUCUCUUUGAUGAUGUACUUGCUCGGAAGAGAGUAGUCGCAGCUAAUAAACAAGUGAAAAACAUCUAAA